AGGGCGCAGGCGCGCCCGCGCCCGUUGCCGGGUGCGAUCGCGGCUCGGGGGCAGCCCGCGAGGGGCGGCGGCGCCCAGCGGAGGCGCCUGGCCCAGCAUGCCUCCGCGGGGCGGGCGGCGGCGGCGUGACGCAACCCCGUCCGAGUACGAGUACGAGUACGAGUACUCCUACUACUCGCCCAGCCCAGAGCCCCGCGGGCGUCGUCGCGGGGGCCGCAGAGAGCGCAGCCGCUCGCGCGGCCGCCGCCGCGGCGGGGGCGGUCGCCGGGGCGACCGCGGCAGGGACCGCGACCGCGGUCGCGACCGAGACAGGCGCGGCUCCCGUCGCGAUAGGGAACGCGACGACGGAGGCCGUGGUGGGGGCGAGGACACCGCCGCGCCCCUGCGACCGUUCCGCCAGGCACGCCGCCCCGCAGCCCCAGCCGGGACGGCGACCCGUCGAACGACUGGAUCCACGACAAGCUGGUGGACCGUGAGAAGGCGCGCGUCGACCGAGACUGGGGCGGGGCCGACAAGAUCCGCGACGAGCUCCGGGCCGCGGGCGUGGAGAUCUACGACCGCGAGAGGAGGUGGGAGGCGAAGGAUGGCCGCCAGGGGAUGAGGCCGAACUACGACGACAGGAAGCGCCGCUGAGCGCGGCCCCGAGAGCGCCUCGGCGACCACGUUGCGCAGAGCCGUGCGGCUGUUCCGGCGGUUCGGGCGGCGUCGGAGGCAGGGGUCCCGGGGCGUUCGGCCCGCCGCCGCCAGCGCAGCGGUUCCGGCAGCAUGGACGCCCAAGGGUCUUUGCCGUUCUCUUCCUUGUUGGUUUUGACCGCUCCCUCUCCGUUUGUCUCUUGCGCCCAGAGAUCGACUGCGCAGGCAAACGUGCCCGUCGUAAUCUUUUUCGCGACGCCGGGAGGUCUGGGCCCGGCGGAGGGCCCCAGCGCAUACCCAAUGUGGUUCGGUCGGCUAACGGAGUCGGUGCACGGGAUCCUGUACCCCACAUCUUUGGAAGUGGGGGCGUGCACAUGAUGCCGAGUUCCGUGGCCGACCAAACGACGUGGUCCUUCGUCCCGCAAGGCUCCAGCUCCGCAAUACCAUGUUUCAGCCGAGCGCGCGUCGGGCGGGUGGACCGCCGACUGCCUAUAAGACCGAGGGCGAGCGAGAAAACAAAAACGGAA